AAACGUGGUCGUGUUUGUAUUGCUUGUAACACGUUUUUGCAAUUCCUGUACAGAUUUUUGAAGAAAAUAUUAUAACGGAAGUUUUGAAUAUACCGUCUGAAAUCAAGAUGAAAAAAGAUUUUGCUCCUUCUUCAAAAAUACUACUUAAACCGAAUUAAGAGUAGCUAGUAAAGCAUGAGAUCUGAGGGACUAUCUCCAAACACAGCAGUGAUAGAAGUUGAGCCCACUGCUCAACCCUCUUCUCUUUCGCCUGAUCUAGACCCCCCGCCAACCAAUCAAGAGCUUGAAGAAGAUAAUUUCUGCACCUGUGAAGAGGUGCUGAGGGCAUUUUGCUGCUUCUGUUGGUGCUCUUCAAGUGAGCAAAACAAUUCUGAAGCUCCCAGGAGCACACGGAUGGGCAGCUCAAGAGAAAACAAGCUAGUGGUCCUAGGACCAGGAGGCGUCGGCAAAACGUCUCUUGUCGUCCAGUACUUAGAAGGGUUCUUCACUUCCACUUACAAGCCAACCGUGGAGGACUACUACCGACAUACGAUCAAAAUGCCAGAUGGUGCUUUCCACACCGUCCAGAUCCUGGACACUGCUGGCUCCCUCAAUUUCCCGGCCAUGCGAGAGCUUAGCAUUCGAUCCGGAAGGGGCUUCAUCCUGGUCUUCUCGGUAGACAACCUGCAGUCUUUCCACGAAGCCAUACAACUCUGGGAUCUCAUUCAGCGAAUCAGAGGAGAAAAUGUUCCUGUAGUCCUCGUCGGAAACAAGACCGACCUCGCCAGUGAUAGGGUCGUCACCCAAGAAAUGGUUGCGGAGGUGACAAAAGAUCCCUCCAGAAUCUGCAGGUACAUAGAAACCAGCGCAAAAUCCAAUGACAACGUCUCCACACUCUUCCAGGAACUGCUGCUGCAUGCUCAAGAACUGGAACAACCACCCCCACAACCUCACUCCUCCAGGCGUCUCAGCAGACGACUCAGUUCUCUGGGCAGCAUCAACUUCGUGGUUCGAAGAAAAUCGUCGGUGCCGAGGGAAGGAGAACCGAAGGAAAAACCGGAUUCCAAAUCCUGCGUCAUCGUUUAGAACAUUUGAACAGAGAUCUGAAAUGCUCUCACCAGACUUUGUUGGACAUUGUGUUGUCUCAUUUUUUUUUGAUAAAGGAAAGUCCUUUAUUUUGUUUCCUGAACAAAAACAUUCAUCAAAGAGAAGAGGUAACUCUAUAAUUUAUCAGAGUUAUUAAUAAGUUAUUAAUUUAUUGACUUUUGAAAAGUAAUGACUCAGAUAUGAGUUUGUUGUAAGUAAUUUCUACUAAU